AUGGCUGAGGCUCAGCAGACAAAGCCCAAGUGUGAUGGCCCAACCGUGGAUGAGAAGCGCCGCCUUCUCCUCGCGUACCAAGAGGGGGACGACUGGCUGUUAGUGGCGAAACACAACGGAAUUCCUGUGACAACUGCCCACCGCAUCGUUUCGACUGGACAUGUCGAUAACAAUCCUCGUGGCGGCGCGCGCCCUCAGACAACCAAGGCCACCCCUGACAUGCGAGAGGCCAUGGAACGAUACUUCGACAAAAACUGUCAAUACACACUCGCUGCGAUUCAACAUUUGAUCAAGAUUGACUUCAAUGGAGUCCACAUUUCCCUUCAAACUGUACGUUGA